AUGACGUCAUCAUACGGCGUCGUCUGUUUCACUUUCCCCCCUAUACUACCCUUAAACCCCUUCCUGGAUCUUAGAACUGUGUCCAGCGCCCUCGACGACGAUGACGAAGACCUUAGCUUUCUUGAAGAACCAGAAGAUGGAACCACAUCGACAGACCCCCUUAUCGACCCGGAUCUUCCCGAUUUUGACGAAUUCUCCGGAGACGAAGACGAUUUCGAAAACUACAACUACGAAGACGACGAUUUUGAAGUACCCUCGCACGAUUACAAGGACGAAGACGACUUCUCCGACUCUCGCGCCAGAGUACCCGCUGCAGCCACGGAGCUGAAAGGACAGCCGGUGGUGCUUGCUAAGGUUGAUGCACAAGAGGAGAAUGACCUAGCUGAGACUUAUGAGGUGCAAGGAUUUCCUACUGUUCUCUUUUUUGUUGAUGGUGUUCACAAGCCUUACCUUGGCCAACGAACCAAAGAUGCUAUUGUAACUUGGAUAAAGAAAAAGACAGGACCUGCUGUGUAUAACAUAACAACUGCAGAAGAUGCAGAGAAAGUGCUUACAUCAGAGGACAAAGUUGUUUUGGCUUACCUCAACUCUUUGGUGGGUCCUGAAAGCGAUGAACUUGCUGAAGCUUCAAAGCUUGAUGAUGAUGUUAACUUUUAUCAAACUGUAGAUCCUAAUGUGGCCAAGCUUUUCCACAUCAAUCCUGAUGUCAAACGCCCAGCUUUGGUCUUGUUAAAGAAGGAUGCUGAGAAAGUCACCCAUCAUGAUGGUCUGUUUGACAAGUCUGCCAUUAAGGAGUUUGUUUUUGCAAACAAACUUCCCCUGGUGUUGCUAUUUGCAACUUCAAAUGGUUCAACUAAGGUUUUCCCAACAUUUGUGGAUGCUGCAAAGUUAUUUAAGGGGAAGCUUAUCUUUGUAUAUAUUGAAUUGGACAAUGAAGAUGUUGGUAAGCCUGUUGUAGAUUAUUUUGGCAUCACAGGAGAUGCUCCACAAGUCAUCGGAUAUACCGGAAAUGAUGAUGGGAAGAAAUUUGUGUUUGACCAAGAUUUGACCUUUGAAAACCUUAAGGCUUUUGGGGAGGGCUUUUUGGAUGAAAAGCUUAAAGCUUUCUAUAAAUCGGAUCCAAUUCCGGAGAAUAAUGAUGACGUUCUACUAGAGAUUUAUGCACCAUGGUGUGGGCAUUGUCAAGCUCUAGAACCAACUUACAACAAACUUGCUAAACAUUUACAUGAUAUCGAUUCUUUAGUAAUAGCAAAGAUGGAUGGAACUACAAAUGAACAUCCAAAGGCAAAGGCUGAUGGGUACCCAACAAUUCUAUUCUAUCCAGCAGGAAACAAAACCUUUGAUCCUAUAACUGUAGAUGUUGAUAGAACAGUAGUGGCGUUGUACAAGUUCAUGAAGAAACAUGCUUCUGUACCUUUUAAUCUCCAGAAACCUACUUACAAUGAUGCUAAAGAAAGCAGUGAAGUUGACCAGAAAGAUGAACUCAGAUGAUAAUUUGUAGGUAUGAAGACUGAAGAGUUGGUAAAGUAUCAAAUUUUUAAUGUGUGGAAGAUAGAAUAUGAAAGGUAAGAUUUUUACUGGAUUCAGGAGAGCGUAUACUAUUAUACUUAACACCUGUAUACGAAUGUUGUAUUGCUAAUUGAUAUAAUAAGUAUCAAGUAUUUGUGUUUUUUU